CUGUCUUCUCUACCCUGGGAGCAGCUCUCCUGCCUUGGCCCCUCACCCCUGAAAAUGUAUGCCUGCUCCAGGUUCAUCUCCACUCGCUCCUUGAUCAGGAGCACCUCUCAGCUGCUGAGUCGCCCGCUGUCUGCAGUGCAGUUGAACCGACCACAGACGUGGAUAGAUGAGGGCCCCAGUAGCUUGGCAGUCCCUCGCCCUCUGACCUCAGUCAUCCCUAACUGCAGCUUCCAAACCAGCGUUAUUUCUAGGGACAUCGACACAGCUACCAAGUUCAUUGGGGCCGGGGCCGCCACAGUUGGGGUGGCUGGCUCUGGGGCUGGCAUUGGGACUGUUUUGGGGAGCCUCAUUAUUGGUUAUGCCAGGAACCCUUCUCUGAAGCAACAGCUCUUCUCCUACGCAAUUCUGCCUGAUGGUGGCCUUUCUCCUCCUCUUCGCCAUGUGAAGCAGCCAUCUCCACUUCCACCUCCCAUAAUUCUGUGA